UUCAAAAAGGAGGAAAACGAAAGGAGAGAGAGCGUUUCGAAAUUUCGGGACAAGGUGUACGAGAAAGAAACCAUGACCAACCAACUUUGCAAGCUGUUUGUCGGUGGACUGAACGUACAGACCACGAACGAUGGCCUUCGUUCGCAUUUUGAGCAGUACGGCCAGCUCACCGACUGCGUGGUGGUUCAGAAUCAACAGCUACAGCGGUCCCGCUGCUUCGGCUUUGUGACCUACUCGACUGCGGAGGAGGCCGAUGCAGCAAUGGCCGCCAGGCCACAUGUUGUAGACGGCAACAACGUGGAAGUGAAAAGAGCCGUGGCGCGGGAAGAUGCCGGGAAGCCAGAGGCCCUCGCCAAGGUGAAGAAAAUAUUCAUCGGUGGCUUAAAAGAUGAUGUGGAGGACGAGCACCUCCGUGAGUAUUUCUCCCAGUUUGGCGCGAUCGAGAAGGCCGAAGUCAUUAGCGACAAGCAGACCGGCAAGAAGCGUGGAUUCGGCUUUGUGUACUUUGAUGAUAACGACUCGGCAGACAAAGCGGUGGUGCUGAAAUUUCACACGAUCAAUGGACACAAGGUAGAGGUAAAGAAAGCCCUCACUAAGCAAGAAAUGCAGUCUGCAGGUGGCCGAGGUGGCAGGGGGAGAGGCGGCCGAGGAAUGGGAAGGUCUCAAAAUGGCUACGGCGGGGGAAGAGGUGGUUACAAUAGCUAUGGAGGCGGCUAUGGCGGCUACGGGGGUAAUGAUGGCGGAUACGGUGGCGGCUACGGGAGUGGCGGAGGCUACGGUGGAGGUUAUGGAGGAAGCGGCAGCUAUGGAGCAGGGUACGGCGAUGGCUACGGUGGCGGAAAUGGCUACAAUGACUUUGGCAGCGGAUACGGCCAACAGUCAUCUGGCUAUGGGCCCAUGAAAGGAGGCAGCAGCUACUCGAGUCGAAGCAGUGGCCCUUACUCCCGAGGGGGCGGAGGAGGCUACAGCAGGGGAGGCUACGGAGGGUCCUACUAAGCCGGCUGUCUGAGAGACUGCGCCGGGCGGCCGUUUAGUCUCUCAUCCGCCAGUUAUAGCCAUUUCUUUGGACAUCAAACAGAACUCAAAACAGUCAAGUUAUUAGCUACUGCUGAGACACCUGGCAGAAUAGCGGACACUGAAACCUAAUCCAAAACGAAGACCUCAAGUGAUCCUAACAGGUAGGAAGACCCACACCCAGAAAACCUGACUCGCACGACCAGCUCUUACCAUAGGACAUGUCCGAUUGCAAGAAUGAUGAGCUAGCUGCUCAUUUCUUUGUCGUGACGCUGUUCCCAGUGUGAGACCAGCCUUUUUCUUUUAAAUUUUUUUUUGUAAUGUACACAGACGUUUGAGUAGCAGAGGUCUUAUGUCGACUGUUUUAGUUUUGUUUGUGUAACUGAUUUAUUUGCUUUUAUCUGUAUUUACGCAGUUUAAUCUGAAUUUCAUGUUCCCCUCGCGCAGCUUUGAAAUGCAGUGCAACAAUGUAAGGGGGUGUGAAGCAUGAAGUAGUUUUGGAUUUUGUUAUGACGGGCAGGUUCAGCUAUACGAUCUGUUUAUGGGGAAAGUAAAGUUUGUAACAAGUUUGCAACUUCAUUGUAAUAUUGUUCACUGCAGUCGAUGCAUGUAAAUUCAGAAAAGGCAUGGAAUAGGAGGGCGAUCAUAACUUUUGGCCAGGGUUUCUGCGUCGGAAAGUUGUCCCCUCUCUAGUAGCGGCUAAAAGUUUAUUACUACGUUUUCAAGCAACAUGCUUCCCAUGUACAUUGUCAUUGUGCAGUUACACCAUCCUAGCAUUGUUAAACAUUGAUAUGCAAUUGUAUGUUCCUUUUUAAAUAAAAAAAAAAAGUCAAA